AUGAAGACUCGCCGGGAAACAUACACGGCCGAAACUCCGACGUCGUUGUUCCCUGAAUCCCUCCUCACAGUGAAACAAUUUGUUCAAGCACCAUGCAGUAUAGGAAAUCGUGGAUCAAAGAUGAAGUGUAUUACACGAUUAUGGGGACUAAAUAUUCCCUCAGAGCUCCUGCAGGAGAUACUGUCCCGCCUAGGAUUAAAAGAAAACAUACGAGCUUCAAUUGUAUGCAAGACAUGGUGUGAAGCAGCGGUUUCUGUUAGGAAGCUACAACCUCGUCCUUGGCUUCUUUAUCCACAGGAAGGGUCAGAAGACAAAGGAGACUACAUUCUUUAUGACCCAUCAAGUUCUCAAACUUAUAAAUUCAAUUUUCCAGAGUUGGAGAACGAUGAAUUCGAUUAUACUAGUACCAGGGAUGGUUGGUUGUUUAUGCUAAAACAUGAUCCCUGGGAAUUAUUAUUACUUAACCCGUUUACCGGGGAGCGCAUCCACUUACCCAAGUUGCCAGAAAAGACCUCAGGAAAUUGCUUAGAUUUCUCAGCCGCUCCUACAUCAAGUAGUUGUUUGGUGAUCUCACUCAACUAUACAGAUUACGGCUUGAUCAAUAUCUGGCGGCCUGGGGAAACCGUAUGGACCACCCAUCGCUUUAAGAACCAUCUUGAGAACCAACCUGUUGGGUUUUGGUACACUUGUGUGUUCUCGAAUGGUCUGUUCUAUUUUCACAGUACCUGGGGAUUUCUCGGGGUAAUGGACCCCUCUAAACUAACCUGGAAUAAUCUCCUAGUGAAACUCUAUCCCUAUCCCGGUGCUUUUGAUAGUGAACUUUUCAUGGCAGAGCAUGAAGGAGAAAUCUUUCUUGGUUUCACACGUGACAUAAAGAAUCCAUCAGUCGUUAUCUUUAAACUAAACCUUAACAGAAAUGGAUGGGAAGAGACUAGAGACCUCGAUGGGUUGACAAUAUUCACAAGUCACCGUUUCUCUCUUACAAGAGCUGGUCUCCCCUUGGAGAUGAGGAAUAAAAUAUAUACAUCCCAAAGCCCACGUCCCCCUUCAAUGCUUGUUUUUCCAUACCGCGGCGUUUGGGUUGAUCCACUUCACAACGUUAAUUUGUGA